UAUCAACAUGGAGUACAGCGGCAUGAUUGAGUCUAGAGGACGCCGACGUCGGUGUUUCAACAACGUCCUCUUGUUCACUGCCGUGUUCAGUGUGUCAUCCCUGGUGCUGGAGGCAGUCAAGUACCACACUGUGUCUCAGAUCACCUCUUUGGAGAAGCAGUUUGGACUCAGCAGUACAAAAAGUGGCCUUCUCCUAAGCUGCAACGAAAUCGGUUAUCUUUCAACUAUUUUUUUCUUCAGUCAUUUUGGGGGAAGGCGCUUUAUACCUAGGAUCCUGUCCUGCGCACUGGCUGUGUAUGGCCUUGCUAGUUUAAUGUCGGGUCUGUUACACUUCAUGAAUCCUGUAUCGCUUCCUCGUGUAGAGGACCUCGGCUCAAACUAUUCCUCUCAUAAUGUCAGACUAUGUCAGGAUUCCGUGCAGGAACAUGAGCGAUGUCCAGCUACGAAGGACCAAGCGACUGACAACGGACAUUGGGUGUACAAUGUGCUUGCCGUGCUUAUGGUGAUACAAGGGAUGGGUAAAUCCCCACGGUUCUCCCUGGGUUUACCGUACGUUGACAAUAACUCCCGUGACAAACAGCAGUCGAGCUUACUCACAGGCACCAUUAUGACGGCGGCGUUCCUCGGACCAGCUGUUGCACUUGGUCUUGGUGGAUGGUUCAGCGACAUUCCUGUUGACCUCAGCGAGUCCCAGGUAGAUAGCCGAAACCCCCAGUGGAUCGGGGCAUGGUGGCUCGGGUAUCUUGUCUUUGGAUGUGCAGCCCUCCUUGUUGCUGUACCCUUGGGCUGCUUUCCAAAGCACAUUAAGAAACCAAAAGUCAAAGCCAUUGAAACGACCAAGUCACUUAAAAACGAUAUUGUGGACAUGCCGAGGUCGAUAUUACGGAUAUUGAAAAACCCAGCAGUCGACUGUCUCCUUUUUGGAUCCGCUAGUGCUCUGUUCUUUGUUGGAGGCUAUUUAGGAUUCGCUCCAAAAUACAUUGAGAGCCAAUUUGCAACGUCAGCAGCUGAAGCUAACUUCAUAUUGGGUAUACUGGAGCUGCUAUGGGCGGUUGUGGGCACUCUACUUGGGGGCAUCCUCACCAGCCGACUCAAACUGACCAGCAUUGGGUGUGUGAAGCUCACGACCAUAGUGGUCACCAUUGGAACUGUCCUCUAUUCUGUCACGUUGGUCUUAGGAUGUGACAACCAGAACAUCAAGGGCCUAGGUGACAUCAGAAACGCCAUGGUCAACGAUACCGUUUGCAACUGUGAUGCAACUGAGUUCAUGCCUCUGUGUGGAGUUGACGGCGUGACAUAUAUCAAUCCCUGUAUGGCAGGAUGUCAGUCUCAGAAUGGCACUACAUACACGGGAUGUAGUGAGAUUCCUGGUGACGAGGGCACAGCGGGCAGGUGUCUGACAGAGUGUCCCUACCUUUACCCCUACAUCAUCGUUGACCUGGCGUCCGGCCUGGCGGGGACUGUCUCCAUUGUUCCUAUUCUCAUGACCAUCAUCAAGAAGGUUCAAUAAAAUGUUUCAUAUUGAUAAAAGCAGCGAUAAACCAACCUCACUCACUAUUUUACGAACAUUUCAGACAUACACGGGAUGUAGUGAGAUUCCUGGUGACGAGGGCACAGCGGGCAGGUGUCCGACAGAGUGUCCCUACCUUUACCCCUACAUCAUUGUUGACCUGGCGUCCGGCCUGGCGGCAACAGUU